AUGGCAACUGCAAUGUACUGGUUACAGAGCGAUAAAGUCAGAACUACUUCUAGAGAGCCUGCUCCCGAAGUGCUGAUACAGGAAACGGCCACUGAGACUGUUCGUCAGCUUCAUCGGGAAUUCCUCAGAGCUGGAUCAAACGUUCUGCAGACAUUUACCUUUUAUGCCAGUGACGACAAACUAGAGAACAGGGGAAAUUAUGUAGCUGAGAAGAUAACUGGCCAGAAAGUUAAUGAAGCCGCUUGUGACAUUGCGAAAGAAGUGGCUAAGGAAGGUGAUGCUUUAGUGGCUGGAGGAGUCAGUCAAACACCAUCAUACUUAAGCUGCAAGGAUAAAGCAGAGGUCAAAGCAGUCUUUCGAAAGCAGCUAGAAGUCUUUAUGAAAAAGGGUGUGGACUUCCUAAUUGCAGAGUAUUUUGAACAUGUUGAAGAAGCUGUCUGGGCAGUUGAAGUUCUAAAAGAAUCUGGGAAGCCAGUCGCAGCUACAAUGUGCAUUGGUCCAGAGGGAGACAUGCAUGGUGUGCCACCUGGACAAUGUGCUGUCCAGCUGGUAAAGGCUGGUGCUUCUAUUGUUGGAAUCAACUGCCAUUUUGACUCAGAUACUUGCCUGAAAACUGUAAAGCUUAUGAAAGAGGGCUUGGAGGCUGCUAACCUGAAAGCAUACCUGAUGUCUCAACCACUUGCUUUCCAUACACCUGACUGUGGGAAGCAGGGAUUUAUUGAUCUUCCUGAAUUUCCCUUUGGUCUGGAGCCAAGAAUUGUCACUAGAUGGGAUGUUCAAAAAUAUGCAAGAAAGGCCUAUGACUUAGGAAUCCGUUACAUCGGGGGCUGCUGUGGAUUUGAGCCAUAUCACAUCCGAGCAAUAGCUGAGGAACUGGCUCCUGAAAGAGGUUUUCUGCCAGAAGCUUCUGAGAAACAUGGUAGCUGGGGCAACAGCCUCAGCAUGCAUACCAAACCCUGGGUCAGAGCAAGGGCAAGAAAAGAGUACUGGGAGAACCUGAAGCCUGCUUCAGGCAGGCCAUAUUGUCCCUCAAUGUCAAAGCCAGAUGGCUGGGGAGUGACCAAAGGAGCCAGAGAGCUGAUGCAGCAGAAAGAAGCAACAACUGAACAACAGCUGAACGAGCUCUUUCAGAAACAGAAGUUCUAA